AUGGUUUUCGCAUUCGAUCAUGACGAUGCGCAGCUCGCAGGCAAGGUCCCGAACACUUCCGAGCCUGCCGUGCCAAACGAUGACAUGUUUGCCCUGGAGGAUAUAGACAUGAGUCCUUCAAAAGUACCCCUCCAUGUUGGGACCCCGCCGAUCAAUAUCGUCAGCCCUAUGCCAAAGCGCAGCGCACAGCCCAACCCUGAGGGCAAGCAGCUAGGACCAGACAAGUUGGACUUUGAGGCGGUUAUGAAGAAGGCCCAGAAAAACAAGAGGAAGAAGAAGAAGGGACCAAAUGCAGGUCUGCAGGCUACUAACGUGACUCGUGGCUUUCACACACCCGUCACAUCGGGUGGAGAAGAGUCGGACUAUUCCAUUACGAGCACCCCACGGUUCGGGCCCGUCCGCUCUGGACUCCCUAGCGUGACUAGCAGUCCCGCGCUACGACCACAGUCUACCAUGGGAGGCAUCAGCAGCCUCAAGGCCCAAUUGGAGGCCUUGAACUUGGCCUCCAGAAGCGAUUCCCCCAUGAAGGACUUUUCCAACAAAGGUGUCGCCAUGAGCCGGGUCGCAUCGCAUAUGUCUAGCAACACCAGUAUGUCUGGUCGAGAGAGUGAUAGCGACCGUACGGAGAUGGAGAGUUACGAAAUUGAUUUGAACGCCGAGGAUUUUAGCGCUGAUACGCUUUCUAAGACAUCGACUAUGUUGAACAAUGGGAUGGCACGCAAAAUGACUGCAGAGGACUUUGAACCUUUGAUGUGCCUUGGAAAAGGUAGUUACGGUACGGUGCUGCUUGUCAGGCAGCGUGAAACUGGACGUCUGUUUGCGCAGAAGCAGUUUAAGAAGGCAUCCAUCACCGUUCACAAGAAGCUUAUUGAGCAGACCAAGACGGAGCGCAAUGUUUUGGAGAGCGUGAACCGCUAUCCAUUCAUUGUCAACUUCUACUAUGCAUUCCAGGACCAGGAGAAGCUGUAUCUGAUCCUCGAAUAUGCACAAGGUGGCGAGCUAUUCCAUCAUCUUGCCGCUGAGCGCAUGUUCACCGAGGAUGUUGCAGCCUUCUACAUGGCUGAAAUGGUACUUGCUCUCGACCAUCUGCACCGCACUGUCGGCGUCAUCUACCGCGAUCUGAAGCCCGAGAACUGUCUCUUGGACUCCGAAGGCCACCUUCUCCUCACCGACUUCGGUCUUAGCAAAGUCACUCUCGACGAAGACAAUCCUUGCCGCUCUUUCCUCGGUACCGUAGAAUACAUGGCUCCGGAAGUCGUCCAAGGUCUUGAGUACGGUGCAGCAGUAGAUUGGUGGUCCCUCGGCGCCCUCGGUUUCGACCUGCUUACUGGCUCACCCCCUUUCACGGGCAACAACAACGCCAAGAUUCAAGAGAAAAUCGUAAAGCAGAAGCUCUCGCUUCCCUACUACCUCAGCGCCGAUGCCAAAGAUCUCCUCACCCGCCUCCUGCGCAAAGACCCCAAGAAGCGCCUCGGCUUCAACAUGUCCAAGGACCUCCAGACAAUCAAGAAGCACCGCUUCUUCCGCAAGAUUGACUGGAAGAAGCUCGAGGCCAGGGAGUUGGAGCCACCGAUUCAGCCGCUAAUCACGGACCCAGAGUUAGCAGAGAACUUUGCUCAGGACUUUACGGAUUUGCCGCUUAGCCCUGUGUUGACCAAGAAGUUUGAUGAUUCACUGUUUGAGAGUCAGAACAACAAUCCGUUUGGUGGGUUCAGCUUUGUGGCGAGUCAGAGUCUGUUGGAUGGUGGGGAGUGGGGAUACUAG